CUUCAGACGUCAGAUCGGCUUGUUUUGCCCGUCGAUACUCGAUAUAAACAAACAUGGCCGGAACGUCAACUUCUACAUAAACACAACGAAAAUUCGUCAUGAGUUUUUAUGAAUGCUGUUGGAUGAGGUACGAAUCGUUCACUGGGGGAACCUUCACGUCCUGCAGUUGAUUCAGAAAAAAAAUUGUAAACAAUGGCAGAUGAUCCCAAUCGAGAUAUUUUACCAGUGAAAGAAGGAUCAUGCAUAGAGACUUGUCGCAGCACUUGGGUUGCAGGAUUGAUUGCGGAUCCGCGAGAGCGUCACGCGGUCUGUAAACUCGACCGCUAUGAUCUGGAGGAUAGAUACCUAUGUCUCCUCGACGAAACCCAGGCCCUGAAGAAAUUGUCAAAUGCUCAAGAGGACAAGUUGAAGCGACUGACAACGAGACUGAUGAGAAUUUCAGCAUCAUCACGUCCAUGUAUCGCCGCAGCCCUCACCAUCGACAGCAAUAAAAUAAAAAUCGAAGAACUGGAACGGGAGAAUUUAAAAUUAAAGGACAGAAUAUUCGUUAUGAAGAAUCAACUGCUCAGUCACAAGGGUCUGAAGAGGUCACCACCCCGGAGAUGUCUCAAUUGCAUCUCCUCCAGGCCCACGACUUGUCGUAGCGAGGGUGCACGCACGAAAAUAUCCACUAGCACGACUUACGGAGAGGGCAAAGGAGAUUUUCAUUCGCAGAAUGACAGGAUCGAGGAGUUGCAGCAACAGAGGCAGGGGAUGAUGUCGAGAAUAUCUGAGCUGGAGGAUGAGUUGAUAAACUGUCAGACUGAACUGCAGAAGACUAAGGUCGAUGAGAAUAUCGAGUACAUCCGAAUGUUGCGACAGAUGAAACAGCAAAAGGAACAGUUAGCUUCUAGUCAUUCUAUAAAUACAUCUUUGGAGGAGGAAAUGCGAGUUUUGAAACAACAACUUGAUGAAACAUCUAGCAAAAAUGGAAAGAUUUCCGCUGCUCUUCUCGCUGAGAAGCAUCGACUGACGGAAUUGGACGAGACCCUAUCAAAAUCUAAGAACUCCCAGUUAGCAUUACGUGAAAAAGAGGAACAGAUACAUGAUCUGAUGAGUGAGAUAAAAAUCCUCCAACAGAAUAACAGUGAAUUAAUAUCUCUCAGCACGAAGAACAGUGAAGUUGAGCUUGAGAAUAUUGAGUUGAGGAGGAAGAUUUCGGAGCAACAGGUGGAUAAUCAUAAUUUGAAGAGCGCUUUUAGCAACGAGCAGGCCAACAUCACAGCUCUCCAGGCUGUCAAUGCACAACUCAUGGGGAAGCUGCAGGAAAUGCAGAGAGAAAUGGAUACUUUGACUGUACAACUGAAAUCAUUCCAAAAUCAAAACGAAAAGCCAAAGAAGCCUGAGGAGCGAAAAAUAGUGCCAACACUCGAUAAAACGACGAGUACAAGCCCAAGGAGUCGUCGAAGUUCAAAGGGCGAAAGUGAUUAUUCCUCCAAAGAGCCUCAGAAACUCCCCCAAGUUUCCGAAAAAGUAGAGGCUGCAGUGCAGACAGAACAAAUUGAAAUUCCCCCUCCAAAGUUCUGCUCCACAGAAAGACUCAACGCUCCAGAUCAGAUUAAAAAUUCUCCCUCACGAAAUCAUGGAAAGCCAGUGGAAACAAUGACUGGUGCUAAUCUGUCGAGGGAUGAAAUUCUGAAGCUCCUGGAUCAGGCGCAGAUAAAUGUACCUUUAGAGAGCCACAAUGCUGCCAAAAUGCGUCAGUUUGAGGGAUUCAGUCCUGUGCACAGACAGAGGCAAGUAGUCGCACUCGAGACACUCUUAUUCGGCGACACUGGUUACUCUUGAUUGAAGAUGUACCUCGUGCUAGUUUAAUUUAAUUUUUAUUACAAUGUAAUAAUGUUUUGAUUUUCAUAGCCCUAA